AUGACCCCUGUCCACUUCGCCUUUUCGUCCACCUUUAUACUAGGGCUUGCAGGCCUAGCAUUUCACCGCUAUCACCUUCUUUCUGCUUUACUAUGUCUAGAAGGUAUGAUACUUUCCCUCUUUAUUGCCCUCUCUCUCUGGACCCUCCAAUUGGACUCCACCACCUUCUCCUCCUCCCCUAUACUCCUCCUCGCCUUCUCAGCCUGCGAAGCAAGUGCAGGACUUGCCUUACUUGUUGCAACUGCCCGAACACAUGGGACUGACCGACUCCAAAGCCUCAACCUUCUGCAAUGCUAA